GUCUCCAUUAUCCUAGAUCAUUCGAGAGCUCAUUUGUGUUCUCGAUAAUAAUUCUGUCUGUCUGAUUACGCCAACAGGCGUCUUCAGUCACCGUCACUUUUUUCACCACCCUUACCAGAGCGGUCGCACAAUCGGCGCGUGCUGAGAUUUGCAAUCAUGCGUACGAACAGCAACGUCCCUGUGCUGGGAGGCCUUGUUGUUCUUUGUGCUGACGAUUCAUAGCUCCGAAGAAGAAUCAGAAGAUGUCCCUCGGGACCUUCUUGCAGGAUGAGAAUUUUGGCUCAUGGGCGGACGAGAUGGAGGACAUGCCCUUGCCAGCCUCCGACAGCAGGCCCAGCUAUGCCUCCGAACGACGUACCUACAGCACUGCACCUAGCUUGGGAGGCGGAUUUUCAGAGAGACGAGAUACCUAUGCUACGCGAGAACAAUUGCCACUUCCCACUCAACCUCCUUAUACCGCCCAUCUUGCAAAUCUCUCCUUUGAUGCCACGCAGGGAGAUGUUAGUGACUUCUUCAGAGACUGCGAAGUGACCAAUGUUCGCAUCGUGGAGGAUAAGAUGGAUCGCAAACCAAAAGGCUUCGGUUAUGUGGAAUUUGCAACCUUGGACGGUCUUAAAGCUGCACUCGAUCUGAGUGGCAGUAACUUGGCCGGUCGCUCAGUGCGCAUUAGCGUCGCGGAGCCUCCGAAAGAGAGACAAGAUACCAGAGACUUCAGCGACUGGUCAAGGAAAGGCCCUCUUCCAGAUCUGCCAAACAACCAGCGGAGAGUUUCCGAACGGGCUGGUGGAUUUGGAGGUCGCAAUUUCGACAAUUCUUCUGACGCCGGCAGCGAAAGAGGACCACGACGCGCAUUCGCCGAGGGUGAUGGAAAGGUCAGGGACUUUUCCAAUUGGGAGAGAAAAGGGCCAUUGUCGCCUGUGUCUCCGGCCCCCACGUCGCUCCGCGAGGGUGGCAGGCAAGGUAGCAAAGACGGUGGAUUCCGCCGAAACUCCCCAGCAUGGGGUGAGGGCCGAUCUCAGGACGGCUCGCGACCGCCGAGGCGCGAGUAUACUGAACGACCACCACCUGAGCGAACUCCAACAGCGUCAGAAAUGGAUAACCAAUGGCGAGCUAGAAUGCGACCUGACGCUCCCGCUAAGGCACCCACCCCCGAGGCGAGUGAGCCUUCCUCGCCUGCUCCUGCUGCCGCUGCUGUUCCUGCGACGAGGCCAAAGCUGAAUCUCGCAAAGAGAACCGUGUCCGAAGCUGAGCCGGUGACAUCCCCCACCCCUGUGUCUGACUCCAAGGCUAGUCCAUUUGGUGCAGCACGACCUGUCGACACAGCUGCAAAGGAGAAGGAAGUGGAGGAGAAGCGUCAACUGGCUAUCCGUCAGAAACGCGAGGCCGAUGACAAGGCCAAAGCCGAGAAGGCAGAGGAGCGUCGUUUGGCAAAGGAGAAGGCGGAGCUUGAGAAAUCCAGGGAACCGACUAGCAAAGAUAACAAAGAACCCAGCGCACCAAAGGAGAAUGGCGAAGAGAACGCCCAACAGACUACCCCGAAAUACGACAUCCUACGACGCGCCGAUUCUGGCAUGAAUGAUAUGGUCGCUGAUGACGAGAACGACGAGGGUGAUGAAAGCCGUCCUGUUGAUGACAAGGCGGUCAAGCCCAAAGAAAUUGUUAGAGACCCACCUAGCCGCGCCAAUGGAUCAUGGCGCAAUGCACCCACAGCUCAAGCACCUGAAGGAAGCACAACAGCAGAAUUGGAAGAAGAGGGAUGGAGCACAGUCUCAAAGCCUUCAAAGCAGCGAAACAACCGCCGCAACUACCCACCUCGCGCAAUUGCGUCUUAACUGUUGAAAGACCUACGACGGCACCACUUCACUGUCCGUUCAAGGUAAGGUAUAUGAAGGCCUGCUUCUUGUUCUAUGUACAUCUAAAUCUCUCCGCUUCCUGCCUGGAACGCCCACGGCAGCAUUCUGAGCUGGUCCUGUGAGAGGCCGCAGACCUCAGCAAUUUUGGUUAUCCUUCUCGCCUUACGUUUCUAUCUGAUGGGCGCAGAUGGUGGGCUCUUUGCUUUCUGCAUGGUGGAGUCUCGGGAAAAGUGUUUGUGUUUAUCGUACAAAAGGUGGUAGCCAGGACGCAGAAGGAUUGAAGGACGCUUGGUCGCAUUCGCACACGCAACUGCUUGAAGGCCGGUGCAGCACGAGGUCUUCUAGAGUACCCAUAGAUUUUGUCCAGUUCGGACGUGUCUCUUUGUUGACUGUCAAUUUUUUCUUCC